CACAAUUCAAAUUCGCAAACAAAAAUACUCUUCCAUUCCCCAUAAAGGAAAAAAAUAUGGGGAAAUGAAAUAAAACGGUCAUAAAUUUCCUCCAAAAUAAUUCCUCCGUCAACACACAAUCAAUGGACUUCGACGACGACGAACACGGUUUCGGUUCCGGCUAUGGCUUUCCCCCGUCAAUGGUCUCUCUAACCCCAUUUUCCCACUCGGCCUCACCCGCUACACGCCGGCUCUCGAGUUGCUUCACGCCGCCCAAUGAGCCGGUCAGAGCCAAAAGGCAGCUGGCUUGGGUCUCCCUUCAGGGCCGGCUCGUCGGAGCCGAUGAAGCCAGCUCGGCCAAGACAAUCGACCCGGGCGGCCUGCUCGGCGCGAAGGAGGCGGCGGCCUGGGAGCUGUUCACGCCGAUGCAGCGGGUUCUGACGGUGGCUGUUGCUGCGGCGGCGGCUGGGAACUCUGAGAAGAAUAAGCAGAUUUCUAAGCUGCAAAGAUCCGUCGAACUUAGGGACCAAGUACUCAUAAACAUGCAGCAAAAGCUAGAUAAUUUAUGCGAGCAGGUAAAUUAUUCCAAGGAUCUGCCUGGAGUUCCAAAAGAAGGCGAUGUCUUGGUAACCCAAAGGGAAGACUGUGCUUGUAAGUUCAGUACCCCAUCCAAAGAACUAACUGGGGAUGAGAUGCUUGAGUUUGAGUUGAAGCCAGAUGAACGGCGCAUGUCUGAUUUGUCAGAUUGGGCACCUAGCGUCACUUCAUCUCUUGAUAUGCAGCUAAUAGCUGAAAGAGUCAUUGUUGGAAAUGGAGCUGUGUCCAUUGCAAAUGGAGCUGGAAGAGUCAUUGUUGACAAUUCUCCUGGCAUAUUGGACAGUUUGGUUUUUGACCAUGAUGUCAGUAUCCUGAGAAAGGAAUGUGAAGAGAAGGAUAUCACGAUCAAGGAACUGUCUACCUAUAUCCGGUCAUCCGAAGUUUUAGGGUCGAAGAGGAUUGCAGAACUGGAAGAUAUCAUACGCAGGAAGAAUAUGAUCAUCAACAAGCUUCGAAAGGACAUAAUAACUCUUGAACAGAAGGUGGUGAAUCUUACAAGACUCAAGAGAUCCUCUUUCUCAUCAACCUAUUCAAAACCACAAAGUCAACCAAUACUGGCCGAUAAUCUACUAUACGACAUGGACAGCACGACUGAUCCUUCAUCUUCGGAUUCAGAUGGUUCUCCAAAGACCCGAAAGCAAGCUCUGGACUUGAAUGUGGAAACAAACUCGGUUCAGACAAUUGAGAAAACUUCAGAGGGAGAAGAAGUAAAAUGUAUCCAGGUUAAGAGCCCCACAUUUGUGGAGCAGAAUCACAGCCCAAGCACAAGCAGUCCUCUGAAAGAGAUAAUGUCUAAUCAGAUUCCAAACGCUGGUCCACCCGUGAAACCAAAGCGUACAACGAAUGCCGGUGGAGAAAACCGAAGCCGGAGGCCACCGGUCAAAUCCAAGGAAGUAGCUGUGAUUAAGAGAUGGCUUUAGUAUCUUUUAUAGGAAUCAUUAUAAGUUGGAAAUAUGAGUAAAGAAAAAUACUAUGUUGCAUGAAAUGAACAUAAAAUAACUAGAUGCAAUUAUUAUUAUUAUUAUUAUUAU